CACUAGUCACAAGCACUGAACGAUUAAAAUCAAAGGCCAUGAUUGCGAUUCAACCCCGUCAGCUCGAAAGUGCUUCUUCUGGAAUAUUUCCUUCAGCUUCAGGCUCCUAUCAGAACAAGAGUUUCUACCUGUUUGAUAAAGCAGACCAAUAAUGGUCUCACUAGAAUCUAUAUCCCUCUCUUCCCUCCAACUAACUUAUGGCCUCCUUAUGUUUGAAGGAACGAAUCCAAUUCAGAAAUGUAAACCUUACUCAUCAAUCCCAUUUUAUAUCAUAACCAUUUAACUACCACUUUCUUGUUGCCACUCACCCUUCCUUCCUCAUUUUCUCUUCCUUUCUUGGCAGUUUUCUCUCAAAUGGGUGUCAAAGUUUUUAUGGUUUCGUUCAUGCUAUUAUCUCUAUUGUUCAUGGUUCUUUAUAUUCCCACUAGAUUAACCAUGCCCAUAUCAACGUCCAUGCCUGUGAAUAAGAGCUCCUUCAAUAUCUCAAGAACCAGCAAAGGAUCAUACCCAGUCACGUUUGCCUACUUGAUCUCUGCGUCAAGAGGUGAUUCCGGUAAGCUCAAGAGGUUGCUGCGAGCGUUGUAUCAUCCUGGGAAUUACUAUCUGAUUCACAUGGAUUAUGGGGCUCCUAAGGCAGAGCACAAGGAUGUGUUUGAGUUUGUGGCAAAGGAUCCUGUUUUUGGGGCAGUGGGUAAUGUUUGGGUUGUGGAGAAGCGUAAUUUGGUGACUUACAGAGGACCAACAAUGCUUUCUACCACGCUUCACGCCAUGGCAAUACUUCUGAGAAUUUGCCAGUGGGACUGGUUUAUCAAUCUCAGCGCCUCUGAUUACCCCUUAGUUACACAAGAUGAUCUGAUCCAAGCCUUUUCUGGGUUGCCCAGAGAUAUCAAUUUCAUACAGCAUAGCAGUCACUUGGGUUGGAAAUUUAAUAAGAGGGGGAAGCCAAUUAUUAUAGACCCAGGGUUGUAUAGCCUCAAGAAAUCAGAAAUUUGGUGGGCGUCCAAGCAGAGGAGUCUACCAACAGCUUUUAAACUAUAUACAGGUUCAGCGUGGACAAUGUUAUCAAGAUCAUUUGCUGAAUAUUGCAUUGUGGGGUGGGAAAAUUUGCCAAGGACCCUCCUCCUCUACUACACUAACUUUGUAUCAUCCCCUGAAGGGUAUUUCCAGACAGUAAUAUGCAACUCUAAAGACUACAAAAACACCGCUGCCAACAAUGACCUUCACUACAUUACCUGGGACAACCCUCCAAAACAACACCCAAGGUCUCUUGGAGUCAGAGAUUAUCGGAAAAUGGUCCUGAGCAGCCGCCCAUUCGCCAGAAAAUUCAAGAAGAACGAUCCCGUCCUGGAUAAAAUUGAUAGAGAGCUUCUCAAGCGGCGCCGUGAUCAAUUUUCUUUCGGGGGUUGGUGUUCCCAGGGUGCAAAGAACAGAACAUGUUCUGGUCUCAGAAAUGAGAAUUUUGGGGUACUUAGCCCGGGCCUGGCCUCCAGGAGGUUAACAAAGUUGCUAACUAAGAUUGUCUUAGAUAGGAAAUAUCACAGACAGCAAUGCAGGUGAAUGGCGACCCAACUAUUUCAUCGAGUCGAUGGUUGUAAAAAAAUGUAAUGAAGUUCCGCCAUUUCAUAAAUUUUUGUUGAAGU